AAUGGCUGACGUAUAUAUAUGGGCUACGUGAAUCAUGGAUUCCAGCUUACUAUCGUGAAGAAGAAAUGUCUGGUCUUAUGCGGACAUCAUCUAGGUCCGAAAGCGAGAACCACUUUUUUGGAAAAAUUAGCAAUCCAAAGUGCACGUUGGUUGAAUUUCUUAGCCACUUUGAUACGGCUAUUGAAGCGCAAAGGCAUGAGCACCGAAAAAACGAUCAUGACACUCGAUACACCAACCCUGGAGAGUGGAGUGAUUUUGUUCUCGAGAAGCAAGCAGCUCAAAUAUAUACUAGAACUUUAUUUUUUGAUGUUCAACUCGAGAUUCAACAUGCUAUUCAUCGUUGUGCGAGUAUCAGAUUAGAUCACGUCGGUGAUUUCAUUAAGUUUUUUAUAAAGGAUCUCGAUCAGCCAUGUUCUUCGUACUUUGAGGUUAUGAUACGCGAGGAGGAUGUUACUGUUAAGUGUACAUGCAACAGGUUUGAGCAGUUUGGGCUGUUUUGUAGUCACAUUUUUUGCGUGUUACGGAUUCUUGAUAUAAGGGAGUUUCCUAAACAAUAUAUAUUGAGGCGUUGGACGCGUGAAGCUGUUCCAAAUAGUUCCCCCGGGUCCAUUCUUACGGAUGGUGGAAAUCCAGAUCGUAGUGACGAGGUUAACCGGUGUGUUCGGGAGAUUAGUCACGCAACGGAGUAUGUCGUUAACAAGCUGAUUUCAAAUUUUGAUAAGUUGUCUGAUUUUCGAGACCAUAUCAAGCAGUUUAUGUCAGCCGCGGAUGAAGCUCAAAUAAAUGCACCUCCCAAGACACGACGUAACCGAUUUGCUGAACUGCUAGGAGUUGCUCCAGAGAGCACGGCCACUAUCCGUGUUCCAGUUGGUACCAGGUUCAAGGGCUGUGGUUCUCAUAAACGCCUUAAAUCUCAAAAGGAGCGAGCCGUAAGUCAGUCUGGAAGUAAACGUCGUCAAUGUUCAGUAUGUAAAAAAUACGGUCAUAACAGAGUAACGUGCUGGAAAUACAACGUGGCUGGGGCUGAGGCAGGUUCUUCGCGGAAUGCUGGUGGUAAUGAAGACACAAUUCCUGAAGGAGAUGCUGCUAUGGUUGUUCAAGGUGAUGGUACUGGUUUGAACGAUGAUGAUGAUGUGUUUUACACAUCUGGAAACGAUGCAGAUAUGGACGAUGAGGAGAUGGCAUAGUAGGAUCUUUUUUUAUCAAUAUUUUUCUAAGUACUUUUUGCUGAACUAUCCGUUUUUUAGUUUUAUUUUUUUAUCGUAUGUUUGUGUUGAGAUUUGGUUUUGGUGAUUUUAAGACUGAUUUGUAUUCGACAUUUUAUGAAAAUAGUUGCUUUAGUGUUUUAGUUUUAA